AUGGCAGACGAGUCUGCUGUCGAGCAGGCCACCGCCUUCAAGAAUGAGGGCAACAAGGCAUUCGCUGCACAUGACUGGCCCAAAGCCCUCGAGCUGUACACCAAGGCUAUCGAGCUGAAUGACAAGGAGCCGACUUACUACACCAACAGAGCUCAGGCCAACAUCAGAUCAGAGGCUUUCGGUUAUGCCAUUGCCGACGCCACAAAGGCUAUUGAGCUGAACCCCAAGCUUGUCAAGGCUUACUACCGCCGUGCUGUUGCCUCUGCCGCCAUCCUCAAGCCGAAAGAUGCCGCCAAGGACUUCGGUCAAUGUGUGAAGCUCGAUCCGAACAGCAAAGAUGCGAAACUCAAGCUUGCCGAGUGCCAGAAGAUUGUGCGACAAUUGAACUUUUUCGCCGCCAUCGAGCUCGGCGACGAACCCUCUGCCGCUGAGGGACUUGAUAUUGCUUCAAUGGCCGUCGAGCCGGACUACGAUGGAGUACACCUGAAGGACGAGAUGACACAGGAGUUCAUUGAUGAUAUGAUCGAGCGCUUCAAGAACGGCAAGAAGAUACACAAGAAAUAUGUCUACCAAAUCAUCAUUGCCGUCAAGAAGAUUGUUUACGACGAAGCUACCAUGGUGGAAAUGACCAUACCAGACGACGUCAAGCUCACGGUCUGUGGUGAUACUCACGGACAAUACUUCGACUUGAUGGAACUCUUCAGAUUGAACGGACGACCUUCAGAGGACCACUAUUACCUAUUCAACGGCGACUUUGUUGACCGAGGUUCCUGGUCUACAGAAAUUGCACUCUUACUAUAUGCUUACAAGUGGCUGCGUCCCUCUGGUAUGUUCCUCAACAGAGGCAACCACGAGACGGACGACAUGAACAGGGUCUACGGAUUCGAGGGAGAAUGCAAGGCAAAGUACAAUGAGCGGGUCUUCAAGCUGUUCUCGGAGAGCUUCUCGGCAUUGCCCUUAGCGACACUCAUCGGUUCCAAGUAUCUCGUCCUCCACGGUGGUCUGUUCUCCGACGACAACGUAACCCUAGAUGAUAUCCGAAAACUCAACAGACAUCUUCAGAGACAACCUGGUCAGGCUGGCCUGAUGAUGGAGAUGCUGUGGACGGACCCUCAAACCGCCCCUGGCCGAGGCCCCAGCAAGAGAGGUGUAGGUAUGCAAUUCGGGCCGGAUGUUACCAAGCGAUUCUGCGAUAAGAACGGCCUGGAUGCUAUCAUCCGCAGCCACGAAGUCCGCAUGGACGGCUAUGAGGAGGAGCAUGACGGAAAGUGCAUCACAGUCUUCUCGGCACCCAAGUACUGCGAUCAAACCGAGAACAGAGGAGCGUACAUCAACAUCGGCCCCGACUACAAGCUCCACUUCAACCAAUUCGAUGCCGUGCCACAUCCCCCUAUUAAACCUAUGGCGUACGCCAACAAUUCUCUGUCGGGCAUGAUGUAG